ACUAGAGCAUAUAGCCGGUAAAAAGGGUUAUUUAGAUCCAUAUUCAUGGCCAGUCUAUUUUUUAAGACACCAGUUGAUGUGGACAUCCGGUUAGAGGGAGAAGACAUCAGGAAGAUGGUUGAUAUCAAGGUAGGAAAAGACCGUAAACAAAAGGCCCCUCUUUAUUAUGACGGAGAAUCGGUCAAAGGAUCGGUUACACUAAGGCCCAAGGAUGGAAAACGUAUGGAACACUCAGGAAUUAAGGUUCAAUUUAUUGGGAGUAUUGAAAUGUUCUUUGAUAGAGGAACGCAUUAUGAAUUUCUUUCAUUAGUUCAAGAAUUGGCAGCGCCUGGUGAAAUGAGGCAUCCGCAGACGUUUGAUUUUGAAUUUAAAAAUGUAGAAAAGCAAUAUGAAAGUUAUCAUGGUAUCAACGUAAAACUAAGAUACUUUAUCAGGGUUAUUAUAUCUAGAAGGAUGCCAGAUAUUGUAGGAGAAAAAGAUAUAUGGGUUUAUUCGUACAAGAUGCCACCAGAAAACAAUAGUUCUAUUAAGAUGGAUGUGGGGAUUGAGGAUUGUUUACAUAUUGAAUUUGAAUAUUCAAAAUCUAGAUAUCAUUUAAAAGAUGUUAUUGUUGGCAAGAUAUAUUUUCUUUUAGUAAGGCUAAAGAUUAAACAUAUGGAAUUAUCUAUUAUUAGAAGGGAAACAACAGGAUCAUCACCGAAUCAAUAUAAUGAAAGUGAAACGAUAUCUAGAUUUGAAAUUAUGGAUGGUCAACCAGUUCGUGGGGAAACGAUUCCAAUACGACUUUUUCUUGGAGGAUUUGAUUUAACACCAACUUUUCGUGAUGUUAAUAAAAAGUUUUCUACACGUUAUUACCUUUCAUUGGUUUUAAUUGAUGAAGACGGACGCAGGUAUUUUAAACAAUCUGAAAUUACGCUGUAUAGGAUUGAUUAAAGAUAAUGAAUAUACCAAUCCAGAUCGGCAUUUUUCAAAAUUACCA